AGACCUGUAAAAAAGGAGCCACAAAGAAGAGGGGAAGGUGACUGCAAAACCUGCAUUCCAUAGGACAAGAAACUAGGGAGUUACAUUUCUGCAAGGAGGAUCUACAUUAGGAACAGGGAGAGUUGAGCACUGACAGGUUGUGUGAGGAGACUCACCAGGCUGGGGAGUAAAGCUUUGAAGGUGAACGUGGCCAGUGGUGAUAUACUACUGGAACAGAGGCAACAGAGAUAGGACUCAAUGUGACUGAGUUCCCUGUUUAGUAAAACUCCUCAAGAUUCCUUUGAAAGAAAUCUAGCCCAAGGAAGCUCGGGUGGCUAGUGAAAAAUUUUGAAUUUAGAGUAGGCUGAAACUGUUGACUGCAGCAAAACUAAGUUUUGCAUUAUAUUCAUAGAAACAAAUACAUUUUUUUCUAAAUGGAAGUGUUAAUUUCUAGAAUAUAAUGUUUCCAGGCCUGCUAGAGCAGAGGCUGUUGGUGAUAUGAAAGCAAUUUCAUUACAAGCUGAUUAUUCUUCCUCAAUACCCAGAUACCCUCGUAGAUGCCUGAAGUAGUGUGUUCAGUUCCAGGCUCCCCAGUAUGAGAGAGAAAUAGAACCACUGGAGAGAGUCACAGCUCAGCAUUCUUAUUUCCUCUGUUGCUCCAGAAUGUAUAUGCAAGAUUUUAGACUCGAGACUCCUAGUAGUUUUGGUCACAUGUUCCAGCAUUACCUUUGCAGACAGGAUCUUUAUUGUGCCCUUCCUUUCCAGGUGGUUGGAGGCAAGGUAAAGAAACCAGGCAAACGAGGUCGUAAACCAGCCAAAAUAGACUUGAAGGCAAAACUUGAAAGAAGUCGUCAGAGUGCAAGAGAGUGCAGAGCCAGGAAGAAGCUGAGGUACCAGUACCUGGAAGAGCUGGUUUCAAGCAGAGAGCGAGCCAUCUGUGCUCUCAGAGAAGAGCUUGAAAUGUACAAGCAGUGGUGCAUGGCCAUGGACCAAGGGAAAAUCCCCUCGGAAAUAAAAGCCCUGCUAACUGGAGAGGAGCAAGGCAAAGCACAGCAGAACUCAACCAAACUUGCCAAGGCUGCGAAGACAGAGGCUAACAGCAGCAAUCCCUGAGGCCGAUGCAGAACCUUCCACACUGCAGCAGAGGUGGCUCGGGAGCUGGCAGGAGGAAGAAUGCUGUUCUGAAGAGUGGAUGCAUCUCCAGGUGCAGGGGAAAUGAUCCCAGACCGUUCUCUUCUCUUUGCUCCUCCCCACAUGAAAUUAUUUGAUUAUGGUGUUCCUAAGGCUUCGUGGGGUGGGGCUUUUGUGGCAGCAGGUGUUGAUGUAAGUGGAGCCUUGUUCUUCCUUUUGCUACACUGCCCUCCCCAAAUACAGCUAUGGCAGCUUUGGGGCAUUCCCAGCACAAGAGUGGGGCUGCUUUUAUAUCAGAGCCCAGACUUAGGCUGGCUUUGUGUUUGGUGGUUAUGUGGUUGUUAACUGUUGUGGGACUCUGGGAGGUUCUGUAAAAGAAAAGCAAGAGUAGGAUCUCAUAACAGCUUUGCUAAAGGCAAGCCCAGUACUGUAGGUUGAGGAGAAGGAGCUGGAUCAAAAGCUUUCAGUGAGAAGAUUUGUAGCAAUGUCAGUUGUAACCUAAAUGCAGGUGUUGCUCUCGGCAUCCAUCUGUAAUGCAGUGUGUCUUUUGUGUUACUGGGGUUCUCAAAGAGGUACUAAGUAUAUUUCCUGUGUGUCCUGGUUUAGGGCAAAUUUGGGAAGAAACUUCCAAAGGGGUCCCUCUAGAAAACAGAUUCAAGCGGCCCCUCCCUCAACUGAUUUGGCAAAAUAUUUCCUUGGAGAAAAGUGGAAAAAAACUGUUUAUUUAACAAGUGAAGUAUUCACAAGCUAAAAAAAUGAAUAAUAUUAAACAAUAAAAGCUCUCACUGUUCU